GCUGCUCACCCUCUCUGCUUUUCUGCUGGCCGUCAUCAUCCGAACGUCCAAAAGGCAGUGACCAUGGCGAGCGAGACGGAGCUGCAGAAAGUCAUCGGUGGCCUCCUGACUAUAUUUCGCAAAUACGCGAAAGAGGACGGGAACGCCUGGACUCUGAGCAGAGCUGAGGCAAAGAACCUUUUAGUGAACGAGCUGCCUGGGCUGAUUGAGAAUCCCAACGACUCUGCUGAGGUAAAGAAGGUGGUGGACAAUCUGGAUGAGAACAAGGACAACAAGAUCACCUUCGUGGAGUUCACGGAGUUGGUCAUGAAACUUUCCUUUUAUCGCUUCUUCUGGGGUUCAGUCUGAACCCUGAACGAAGCGGUCUGUGCACCGGCAUGGCCGUGAGAUGCUGAACAACUGAACUGCGCACACUCAGGAUUUGCGGGGAAAAACUAUUCUGGGCAAUAAAUGUUUGCUUUCAGUACCAAACACAAUUCAGAGUAAAUCUGUUUUCAAUAUUUGGGUGUAAGGAUUUUUCAACAUUUGUCCCAUGAUGGUUAUAAUGUCAUUUUUUUUUUUUUUUUUUUGUUUGGCUUGGUUCUGGUUGCUGCUUCUGUCUGCACUUGUCAUGACAGCUGCUUCAAGAAACGAGCGAACGGCCGCGCCCUGGGUGUGACCGGGCGGCAUGUUGUUCCUGAUCUCUGUGACAUCUGAAUAAAGCAGUCUGUCUACCUGGA